GUUCCGGGUCGAUGAACUCGAAAGGAGCUGAGCCGACCACGAAAUUUGCUCGAUUUAAAUACAUACGGUGGCAGCGCUGAUUACGCCGACUAUCGAUAAAGUAUCGCUGGCCAGUGCAUCGUGUGCAUCAGAAUCCACCAGAUGCGGCACAGGAGCCACCUCCUGCACCCAGCCAGCCACCGAGCCAGCCAGCCAUGAUUGUGAUGAGCAUCUGGUGCAGCAGCCUCAGUCUGAGUAGCCGCAGCCUGGCCAUCGCCGUGGUCGUCUGUCUGACCCUGGUCUACUUCUCCUACAGCUUCAACGCCUGCAUCCUGGCCAGCAUCAGUCGCAGUCUGCAGCAGAGCAACUUACGCAAUCUGCUGGCGCUGACCUCCUCCUCCCGCAACGAAAGCAGUGAGGCGGGCAACAGUCGAAGUGAGAGCAGCAGCAGUGGCAGCAGGAACAGCAGCACCGGGAGCACCAACGAUAGGCUCUCCUCCACCAGCAGCACCAGUGCUCCUCCUGUCCAAACGGUGACCAGCAGCCUGGAUGGAGCGCCCAAGUAUCAGCUGCUUCGGCAGCAGGGCCUCCGACCCUCGCGCCACUUGCCGGACACCCUCAUCAUCGGCGUGAAGAAGAGCGGCACGCGGGCGCUGCUCGAGUUCAUCCGACUGCAUCCGGAUGUCCGGGCCGCCGGCUCCGAGGUGCACUUCUUCGACAGGCACUAUCAGCGCGGGCUGCGCUGGUACCGCCACCACAUGCCCUACACCAUCGAGGGCCAGAUCACCAUGGAGAAGACGCCCAGCUACUUCGUCACCAAGGAGGUGCCGCAGCGUGUCUACCACAUGAACCCGGCCACAAAACUGCUGAUUGUGGUUCGGGAUCCGGUGACGCGGGCCAUAUCCGAUUACACGCAGGCGGCGAGCAAGAAGGCGGACAUGAAGCGCUUCGAGCAGCUGGCCUUCAUCAACGGCAGCUACUCGGUGGUGGACACCAACUGGGGUCCGGUGAAGAUCGGCGUCUAUGCCCGGUUCCUGGAGCGCUGGCUGCUCUACUUUCCGCUCUCGCAACUGCUCUUCAUCAGCGGCGAGCGACUGAUCAUGGAUCCCGCCUACGAAAUCGGACGCGUCCAGGACUUUCUCGGCCUGAAACGUGUGGUCACCGAGAAGCACUUCUACUUCAAUGCCACCAAGGGCUUCCCGUGCCUCUUCAAAUCGGAGGCACGCUCCACGCCCCACUGUUUGGGCAAAACCAAGGGGCGUAAUCAUCCGCACAUCGAUCCCGGUGCCAUCGAGCGAUUGCGGGAGUUUUACCGGCCCUUCAACAACAAGUUCUACCAGCUUACGGGCAUCAACUUUGCCUGGCCGUAGAAACCAAGGCUAGUAUUUAUGGCCAGCAUACUAUACGUGAAAUUAAUGGAGAGUUAAAGAAAAGAAAAUUGUUGUUGCUGGCCAGGCAACAGACUGAUAUUGUUGAUUGCAUUUUUGAUACAUAUAAUUGUACUUAUAUAUAGUAUAUACACACACGUAAAGUUAGUGCUCAAUCAAUUGUAGCUUUAUCAGAAGACAAAUUCAACGAAGUGCGUCGUCGUUCGCCAGCUUCGCAUUCAAAACAAUACGGUUCCUCUUACUCCAAACUCAAAUGAAAAUCAACUCACUCACUUUUCCCCACUAUACUCGAUCGAAAAUCAAAGAAAUCAAAGUUGACUUUCUGCCCACUAUGCACACUCAAUGCUAUACACUACCAUAUAUACCUAAGAUACUUAUGUGCAUUUAUAUACACAAAAAAAAUAGUGAACAAAUAGAGCUUACUACGAAAUUCCUACAGUUUCCUAUAUCUAUAUAAUAUAUUACGAAAUAUUAUAUUAUAUAAAUAGUUCCAAGAAUUUCAAUUGCAUGAC